GCGGCGUUGCAAACGGCCGAUAAUGUUUUGCAAUGUCCUUAACCGUGGCCGACACGACGACGACGACGACGCUAGCAGCUGAGCCACUUUCAACGACGGCGGAGGAAAGGAGCAACAAGAGUGCGGCCAGACAGCAGCCGAUUACGCUAAUUUUGCCCACCAGCGGUAAGCUGUUUUUCGAGAAAAAGCAAGAGUUUCAACUGUGCAAACCGCAGCUGCUCCCACUGAAAUCGUUCAGCUUGGAGAAGUUGGAAAGAAUGCACCAAGAAGCGCAGCGCCAGUUGCAGGAAACUCGUGCCCGAACCGCUGCCUCGAAGAGUGCCAACAAUUUCUAAAAGAACCAGACAAAACGCACCCCAUUACGACCCGUCU